AUGUCUUCCUAUGACCUGUGUCCUCCCAACCCCUGUGGCCCAACCCCACUGGCAAAUAGCUGCAACGAGCCCUGCGUCAGGCAGUGUCAGGACUCGACGUAUGUGAUCCAGCCCUCUCCUGUGGUGGUGACCCUGCCCGGACCCAUCCUCAGCUCCUUCCCCCAGAACACCGCUUUGGGAUCCACCACCUCUGCAGCCGUGGGCAGCACCCUCAGCUCCGAGGGAGUGCCCGUUUCAUCUGGCAACUCCUCGGGAUUUGGGAGCUUUGGCUAUCCAGGCCUGGGCAGUGGGUACAGCCGGCCCUACCGUCGCUACAACACCUACCGCAGUGGCUUUAGUGAGCUGUGCUAA